UCUACGACGAUCCAGGCUAUGUAUCUAACAAUCUACAACCCUAAGCAAACAUGCGGGGUGAGCCGCGUUUAUCUGAUUUGUGGUACCGUACCCAGAACACAAACGCCCAGUUAUCUUUUAGACGCAUGAUGAUGGCCGCCCUAUACGCUAGCAUUAUCAGCAGCCAGUCACGGCAUAUGCGUUAUCAUCCAGGGGCAUUAGCGCCGCUGAACUCCCCAACCCUCCUCACCUACUUACACGCACGCUGCAAUCUUCUGAAGCAUCCAUCGGCUGAGAGGGGGGUUUUCUUAUAUACGCCCAAUUGCUCUGCUGCAGAUGAUCUGGCAUGCUUAUCAUCUGUUCCGGUGUCUAUCUUCCGACGUGCGGAGGCCGUUAUCGGUCUUUAUAGAUUAUAUCUAUGCGAGGAUGUGUUCAUCGUCGCUCAGAUGAUGGAUGGUGAUUGUAGUGUUCAUAAAGGGGUAUCCUUCGAAGGAAGAUAGAAGUUUGAUAGGUUCCCGAUGACGUAUCGAAUUAUCCAUUAAAACACCCCCCCAUCAUAAGACUUGGUUGCACAUAUAGGCGACCACCUCAGGUACCUAACUAGGAUAUAAAAUGGUGCCCUUCGCUGCCGCCUGGCUAGCAUCAGCCAUCAUCCUCUCCUUCCUCGGCUUCGUCGCCCUAAGCAAAAACCAGAAAGAUGUAGUGUACCGGCGACUAGGCCUCCGGCGCCAAGCCAGCUCGCGCCCCAGCACCCCCUCGCUCGAGAAGCAGGCGCCGUCGAAGCCACUCGCGUCCGUCGCCGCGGACCUCGUGCUCGCGUUCCCGCCUUCCCCCCGCGGCCAGCUCAGCAAGAUGGUGGGCGCGAUGCCCGCUGCCCAGCGGGCGGCGAUGGGCGACCUUUCGUUCGACGAGAAGAAGUUCCCCAGCUCGCUGCUGGGCUUCGAUGAGAAUUACGCGACCGCCGAUGAUGGCAAGUACAACUACACCGGCUUCUCGGUGCGCGAGCUCAAGGCGCUCGGCGACUUCCCGGACUACGCGACGCUCUCGGAGGUCCCGAUGCCCCAGCCGUACCCGGAGUUCGAUAUUGAUCGUGCGCUGCCGCGGCCGUAUCGCCCGUUUCGGUGGGCGUACCAUCAGACGAUGUCCCUCACCAAGUUCGAGCCCGACUGGUGGAUCGAGCUCGAAUCAACCUACCGAACACGCAUCGCGCAGCGCAAGGCGCUGUACGCGGAGCACGGCGGCGCGGUGCUGCAGUGGCUUCCCGGGUCGGAGCUCGCGUGCAAGGAGCUGAUGGAGAUGGUGCUGCAGUUCGUGUGCGCGCGGUACCCGCAGUACUUCUCCCUGUCGGCCGACAAGUCGGUGCUCGAGAACCGGAUCCUCGGCACCGUGACCGUCAUCAAGGCGCAGCCCCCUUUGCUCGUGCUGCUCGAGCACAUCCCCGAGGACUUCGGCGUCGUGCUGCGGAACCCCGAGGACGGGCACUAUUACUUGCGCGCGGGCCUCAUAUGCUCGGCGCUGGGGUGGAACGUCGCGAGCAAGAUUGGCCUGAGGCUCGACGCCAUACACCAGCCUAUCCCGGACUACAAGGAGAAGAUGCAGUUUAGCAUGGACCGCUACUUCUCCAAAAUGCCCGCCAACAAGCCCAUCCAGCGCGGCUCCUGGGGCCUCGAAGUCGACCAACCCCUCUACAUGCCCCCGGACGACCCCCACUCCGCCUACCGCGCGACCCAAGACCCAUCCCUCCCGCUCUCCCGCAUCCACCUGCGCGUCGACUGGCAGACCCUGCGCCGGCUCCCUCUAUCCGGCGGCGUCGUGUUCAACUUCAAGGCCCUGUUCACGCCCGUGUCCGAGUUCCGCGACGAGCCGUACGUGCCGGCGCUGGUGCUGCAGGUGCUGCGCGAGGGCAAGGAGAACCUGAUGAAGUACAAGAACACGUGGCACACGCAGCACGUGGUCAUGCCGGCGCUGGAGGCGUACGCCAAGGAGCAGGAGGAGAAGGGGGUCGUGGAGAGGGGGUGGGAGGUCAAGACGCUUGAUGAUAGCCCGUGGUUCCCGGGGUGGAGGGAGAAGUGGCAUAGGCAGCAGGGUUUUUAGGGAGUGAGAGAGAGUUAAAGGUAAGGGGGCUGGGUUGGCGGUGGUUAUGGAAAACAUAGGUACCUACCUAACCUACCCCUAGGUAGGUAGGCUAGUAUGGAUGUAUUAAUAUAUCUGUAAUUGCAGCUCUGUAUAAUACCUUAGCCUCUCGCGCAUCAUAUACUAAGCACCUUUUAACAUCGAGACU